AUGUCCCGUGUGAUUCUUCCCUUCUGUAUCUCUUGUCUUCAAUGUCCCGUGAUUCUUCCCUCUGUAUCCUUGUCUUCAAUGUCCUGUGUGAUUCUUCCCUCUGUAUCUCUUGUCUUCAAUGUCCCGUGUGAUUCUUCCCUCUGUAUCUCUUGUCUUCAAUGUCCCGUGUGUUUCUUCCCUUCUCUUGUAUUCUCUUCUCUUGUCUUCAAUGUCCCGUGUGAUUCUUCCCCUCUGUAUCUCUUGUCUUCCAAUGUCCCGUGUGAUUCUUCCCCUCUGUAUCUCUUGUCUUCAAUGUCCCGUGUGAUUCUUCCCUCUGUAUCUCUUGUCUUCAAUGUCCGUGUGAUUCUUCCCCUCUAUCUCUUGUCUUCAAUGUCCCGUGUGAUUCUUCCCUUCUGUCUUCUUGUCUUCAAUUCCCGUGAUUCUUCCCCUCUAUCUCUUGUCUUCCGUAUGUCCCCUGUGAUUCUUCCCCUCUGUAUCUCUUGUCUUCAAUGUCCCGUGUGA